UGAACUUCUAUAAAUGAGAGGCGGACAAAGUGCACGCAGUUGACUCUUGGAGCUGAAGUUCUUUACAACUCAGGAUGGAUAAAGGCUGCUGGAAACCAUCCCUGCUCUUUCUGGUGCUGUUGAUCAUUACGUGUGCGGAAGCUUCAUUUUCCUGCCACAUGGAAGACUUCAUUAAGGCUAUAAAGCAGGUGGAGGAUGGGCACCCUGGAUUGGAGCCAGUCGCUGUGUUAAAGAGGCUGCGCAGGGUGGCUGGCCUUAAUGAUGGAUUCAUUCAGUUCUUCCUCACAGAUGCUGACUCCAGUGGUCCAGAACUGGAUGCCAGCCUCACAGGUUACAUUCGCAAGGUUGUGCAGCACAUUGUUCUUGAAGAUGCCAGGGAAGAAGGAGUAGUUUUGACUCCUGAUGGCACCACCGUUGCCCUCAAGCCACUCCUCCUGGGCAUCGAGGCUGGUUUUCGCUCCAAGAAUCGAGGUCUCUACCAGCUCACUCUGGCCAAAGAUCUCAGUCUUUCUCUCAAGCACAACUUUCCUAACACACAGCAUCUCGGACCCGACGGCUGCUGGGAUAGUUUAACCUCCCCUCAAGUCUUCACCCUCUCCGACAAACCAACACGACUCACCACUGCUCAGGUCAACGGAGGAAUGGAUGGUAUGGUUCUGGGGAGGGAGGUUUCUGCCAAAUCCAUACGUCCUCUCAAGCUCAGCAGUCUGCUGACAGAAUACUACUGCCACCAGCUGGACAGCAAAGGACUGGAUGGUGCCCCACGCCUCAUCAGCAGACGUCGCAGAGAGAACUUCAGAGGGCUGGUCUCCCCUCCAGUGCUGGCCAGACAGGUGGUGAAGUCAGUAGAGCUGCAGGAGAAACUGGCAGGACACCCAAAGAUGGAGGCGAAGAGGAGGAAGCAGCUGAUGGCUGUGGUGAAAGAGGGAAUGAAAGAGUUUGUCCAAAUGUACAUGGAUUGCCCACCCAUCAUUUCUCGGUGUAUGUGGGGUGCAGAGCCGUACAGAGGAACACCCACAAACCUGUCUCUGCCUCUGUCCUCUAUGUACAUCCAUCACACCUCCUCACCGAGCAAGCCCUGUCUGACCUUCCAGCAAUGCUCUGCAGACAUGCGCUCCAUGCAGCGCUUCCACCAAGAAGACAGAGGCUGGGAUGACAUUGGAUACAGCUUUGUUGCUGGCUCUGAUGGGUACAUCUACGAGGGUCGAGGGUGGCACUGGCAAGGGGCCCACACCUUCGGACACAACUCCAAAGGCUACGGCGUCUCAUUCAUCGGGGACUACACUACCAGUCUGCCGUCUCAGCACUCCAUGGGGCUGGUGAGAGACCAGCUGGCAUCCUGUGCUGUGGGUGGUGGCCGACUGGUGAGCUCCUUCAUUUUGCAGGGGCACAGGCAGGUGGUGAGCACAUCCUGCCCUGGAGACGCCCUCUAUGGAGAGAUCCAAGGCUGGGAACACUUUGAGGAUGUGAAGAAAUUGAAAUGAUCUACUUGACAAGAGGAGGAGUCAUGGAUACAUCCAAACAUGAAACAAUAAAUAUUUCUUAUUCA